UUACUGUCUUUCAGGUACAUUCCACCUCUGAUCUGGGGGAAGAGUGGACAUAUCCAGACUGCCCUUUAUGGAAAAAUGGGGAGAGUGAGAUCACCACAUCCAUAUGGUCUUCGCAAGUAUCUCACGAUGCCAGAUGGAGCAACAGCCACCUUUGAUCUCUUUGAGCCGCAGUCCGAGCACUGCAUUGGAGAGGAUGUCACAAUGGUCAUCUGCCCUGGGAUCGCUAACCACAGCGAAAAGCAGUACAUCCGCACUUUCGUUGACUACGCCCAAAAAAAUGGGUACAGAUGUGCUGUGCUGAAUCACUUGGGAGCCUUACCAAAUAUUGAGCUCACUUCACCGCGAAUGUUCACGUACGGUUGCACCUGGGAAUUUGGUGCCAUGGUUAAUUACAUCAAGAAGACCUACCCUCAGACCCAGCUGCUUGUCGUGGGCUUCAGCCUGGGUGGAAACAUUGUGUGCAAAUACCUGGGAGAGAGUCAGGCCAACCAGGAGCGAGUCCUGUGCUGCGUCAGCGUGUGCCAGGGGUACAGUGCUCUGAGGGCACAGGAAACCUUCAUGCAGUGGGAUCAAUGCAGAAGAUUUUAUAACUUCCUCAUGGCAGACAACAUGAAGAAGAUUAUCCUUUCUCACAGGCAAGUUCUUUUUGGAGAUAACAUGAAGAAGCCACAAAGCCUGUCAGAUGCUGAUCUGAGCAAACUUUAUACAGCAACAUCACUUAUGCAGAUUGAUGAUAACGUUAUGAGGAAGUUCCAUGGCUACAGUUCCCUGAAGGAAUACUAUGAAGAAGAAAGCUGCCUGCAUUACUUGCACAGGAUCUAUGUUCCUCUUCUGUUGGUUAAUGCUGCUGAUGAUCCUCUUGUGCAUGAGAGUCUUCUAUCAAUUCCAAGAGCGCUCUCAGAGAAAAGGGAAAAUGUCAUGCAUGUGCUGCUGCUUCAUGGAGGCCACCUUGGAUUUUUUGAGGGGUCUGUACUAUUCCCAGAACCUCUUACCUGGAUGGAUAAGCUUGUGGUACAGUAUGCCAAUGCCAUCUGCCAGUGGGAGAAAACAAAGUCUCACUGCUCAGAUACAGAGCAGGCUGUAUCUGGCCAAGAGUAACUGCCCCAAAGACUCUGGAUCACUUCAGUUCCCCCUUUGGGAACAUCUUGUUCCCUCACCUGCUGCUUCAGGUUUCC